CUUAGAACAUCCCACAAUUGCAUCGUACACGGGGCAUAGGCCAAGAUGAGAGGGUUGAGACAGGCUAUACUACAUCCCCUACUCACAGUCUUCCUCGCAUGCUUUGUCCUUAUAACCGUUUCAGCAGCGAAAGAACCCCCUCCUAAAUACAUUUAUACCAACCGCUCCCUCCUGGUUGAGGAAAACCAUCUUGAAAAGAGAACACCAGCAAAGAAACCCGAAUAUGUUGCCCACAAGGCUGGAGAUUUAACAUGUAGGCCGUUUGGAGAAUGUUCUCCUUGUCCAAAGGAUGAGCUCGACCAAGCAUUCUGCCUUCCCUUUGGAAACCGGCGCCUUCUUCAUUGCAUCCCUGCCUAUGCCAACACUUCUAUAUCUCAGCAAGGUGAAGUUCCCGCAUGGGAAGCUUGCGGUAAAGUGGUCAAGAAGGAGGCACAAGACUUUUACGAGUUUGUUACUGCGAACCUCUUGUUUCUGAUAGUUGCUUUGUCAAUAUUAUGGGCUAGAACAUCGGCACUGGCGGCCGAGCAGUAUAGGCAGCUGGCUGCUAGGAUUGGUAUACCUGGGGGGAACUGGGUGAGGGUCGGUUAGUCAUGACUCAUAAUUUCCGAGGGAUUCUAUGUGUAUGUAUUCUGCGGUAGUCUU